AUGUCAAAUGAACUAAGCAAAGAACUUGAAGAGAGCUUUCAAAAUAAACUGAUCAAUAUCGAUAAUGGCUGUGAUAAUAAAAACUUGGUAGUCAAAACAUUGGAGUCAAGUAUAAACGAUAUCGAUGAACUUUUGAAUGAAUUAAAAGAUAUUCAAGACACACUUAGUGACAAAGGAACUGAGUCAUUAGCUAAAAUAUGUCACGACAUGCAUAUUAAAAAUUCUCUUCUUGAUAUUAUUGAUGACAAAGUCAAAUGUGAAAAUUACGUCUUCUUGACUGUUCAUUUAAUUCACGUUCGAUCCAAAUUACAAGAAAAAACAAUUGAUUUUGAAGAACAAAACACAGAACAAUGGACUGAUAGUUUUUAUGAGCAAGCAGAUCAAACAAGCCAACGAAGUACAAGAAAUCGUUUUCGUCCUGAUGAGAGAGAUGAUGAGGAAGAUUAUGACUCUGGUGGACGUCAUGUUCCUGAUAUAGUCCUCAAUUCAAAUCCGGAGCCGGACCCUCUUCCAUCACCUCCGAAUCAGGUUCACAUAUUACCGCUUUUUGAAUUGAAUAUCGGACCUACUUCAAUAGCAUCAUUGAAAUCAGUGUUUGGAAGCGAUGAUCAGACGAAUAAUGCAACAACUUCUCCAGACAAAGUUGAAAUGUUUGAACUUACAAACCCAUGCAAUGUUCCAAAAUUUAAUAUAAAAUAGAAGAAUAUAGUAACAUUGGAUGGCAUUAGUGAAGACCAAACCCGAACUGUUACUUUAUGUUUUGGAUCGAAUGUGAAAGUUAUUCGAACACUUGGUUCGCUUCGAAUGCACGAUCUAUUGAGUAGUGAUACCCUUCGACAAUUCAGUUUAAUUGUUUCACCAGAAGAUUGUGUUUUCACACUUGGUGAUGCUGAUGAACAAGAAUUAUCUGAAGAAGAUAUGAAAAAAUUGGUCGAAGAGUUUCCUCAACCAAUACAGUGUCGAAUAUGGCUAAAAGUUCAUAUUCAUCAAUAUGAUAUUCAACGAGAUAUUGUCGUAAAAAUUAAAGAAGAUACUAUUACUGUGGAUCAAAUAUUGCACAUGCAAGAAAUACUCAAUGAAGAUUACAAAUAUUUAGCUUCUAGCGAUAGAAAUGCAGUUAUUGCUGAUGACCAAAAGUUUGUUGAUUUGAAUGAAACAAAAUUCAUUCUUCUCAAAGAAAAUGAAACAUGUUGUGUUUCAAUUGGUGAUUUAAAUAAAGCACAAGAAGAUGGUUAUUCUAAACGAUACGCAAAAUUCGCAACUAUUGCCGAUGUCUUGAAAGAUAGUAAUGUUGAUGCUGAUUGUCUUCUCUGUCUCAACGAUAUUGCUCCUUCAAAAGAAAUUAAAUUGGCUUUACUUCCACCACCAAUUCAAUUUCAAAUUAUCAAGGACGACUUACUAGCACUCGUUACUGUUACCAAUCCGGAGCAAGAAAAUUGUUCCAUUCAGUUCAAAUGUUCAAAAUCAAUUACUACAGGAAGGAUUAAAAUCUGA